CAAUCCAGAGCAGUGCAUAGCAACAGCGAGACAGGUGCAUAGCAACAACACAUCAAUACGCGCUUGGCUGUGGGACACCUUUGCCACUGUAAAUUUUCAACCACGGAACAUAACAUAGAUUAAAGAAAUAGAUAAACAAAAGGAGCAACCAUGUCGAUAGCACUAUCACAGCCCCGCCAUGUAUUUGGCAUGAAAGGGGAUGUCUCUGGCAACGUCAGUUAUGUUGAUGAACAGACGGUGGUCUACCCUUGUGGCAGCAACAUCAUCCUCUACAACAUUGACCAAAAAACCCAGCGAUUCAUACCCGGAUCGGACAAGAGCUCUGGAUUCUCUGCCACAUGUGUCAGCCCAAACAGAAGGUACAUCGCUGUUGCAGAAAGAGGGUCUGAUAAAGCAUUGAUCACUAUCUAUGAUCUCCAUUCGCUGAGGAAACGAAAGGCCUUAAGCUCCACCGACAUCCAGUCCAAUGAGGUCGUCAGUAUGGCCUUUUCUCCAGACUCUAAGUACCUGAUAGCCCAAGGAGGUAGGCCGGAAUGGACUUUGGUCUAUUGGACCUGGGAAAAAUCCAAAGUGAUGGCUGUGACAAAGACUACAAAUCCUGCAAACAACGAUAUCUACCAGGUGUCUUUCAAUCCCCAAGAUAACACUCAAAUCUGUGUGGUGGGUAAUGGCAUCUUCAAGCUCUACCGCUACAGCGAGGGUAACCUCAAACAGUUUGCCUUCCAGAAGCUAGAGCCUCAGAACUACCUCUCGCAAGCCUGGGUCUCAGAUGAGAGGGUGAUCGUCGGUACAGACCAGGGCAAGCUCCUUCUCUUUGAGGCUGGGGAGCUCAGGAAUGAAAUGGUGGUCCAAGUUAGCUCCAAGCAAGAUGCUGACAAAUCUGGAAUGGGGACCAUUUCUGAGAAUGAGGGUGCAGGAGCCGUCACACCUCAGAUCACUGCUAUUGUUUCGUCAUCCAAGGGCUUUGCUUGCUCGGCUGGUCAUGGUGUGGUCGUUGUCUAUGAGAAAACAGAAGACAAAGAUUCUUACAAGAAAUCAAGAGAGAUCAGGAUUGUCAACAAUGCUCUCGGAGCAGAUGACAGCAGAGCAGAGAGUCAUGAGAUUAAGACUCUUACUAUCAGUCCAUCAGAGGAAACCUUGAUUGCCAGUACACUUACAAACCAGCUCUAUGCCAUCACAUUGUCCAGUGCUGAGAUUGGCAAGGGUGACCAAGCAACAUUUGAAGUUCUAUCCCAGCCGUUCCAUUUUGAUGUAAUCACUGGCCUUGAUGUCUGCAUCAGGAAACCUCUCGUAGCGACCUGCUCCACAGACAGAUCCGUGCGUGUUUGGAAUUAUGAGACAUGUUCCUUGGAGCUGUAUAAAGAGUUUCAGGAGGAAGCGUACAGUAUCGCCCUUCAUCCGUCGGGUCUGUACAUCCUGGUCGGGUUCAGUGAUAAGCUUCGUCUUAUGAAUCUACUCAUUGAUGACAUCAAGAAAUUCAAGGAAUUCCCUAUCAGAGGGUGCAGAGAGUGUUCAUUCAGUAAUGGUGGCCAUCUCUUUGCUGCUGUUCAUGGCAAUGUCAUCCAGAUCUACUCAUCAACUACCUUUGAGAAUGUCUCCAAUCUCAAAGGCCACAAUGGAAAGGUGAGGUCGGUGAUAUGGAGUUCUGACGACAGCAAGAUCAUAUCUUGUGGUAUGGAUGGCGCUGUGUACGAAUGGAAUGCCUUCUCGGGGAAGCGAGAGGGUGAGAGUGUCCUCAAGUCGUGCAGCUACACCUGCGUGACCUCUAACCCGGAAGGAAAGGUCACCUUUGCUGUGGGAUCAGACAGAACCCUCAAGGAAAUAUCAGAUUCACAGAUCUUGCGUGAAUUGGAUUCUAAUGAGACCACCCUAUCUCAAGUUGUCAUGUCACAUAGCGGGCGCAUGUUGUUCGCCGGUACCGGUAACGGGACCCUGCGCUCCAUGAAGUUCCCUCUGACCUCACCAGGAGAAUGGCAGGAGCACAUGGGUCACGGUGGAGCCAUCACUAAGAUGAGGAUCACAUAUGAUGACCAAUACCUGAUCACCAUCUCUGAGGAUGCUGUCCUUAUGAUCUGGAAGAUCGCUGAUAAAGAAGGGCGUGGCCUGAAGAGAACAGACAAGGAGGUCGGCUAUGCAGAGGAAAUCCUCAUCACAAAAACAGACCUGGAGGAUAAGAACCAAGAGAUGGGCGAGCUGAAGCAACGGGUAGAAGAGCUGAAGAUGGAGAACGAGUACCAGCUGAGGCUGAAGGACAUGAACUACAACGAGAAGAUCAAGGAGCUGACGGAGAAGUUCAUCCAGGAGAUGGAGUCUCUGAAGACCAAGAACCAGGUGCUCAAGACGGAGAAGGACAAGGAGGAGGCCAAGCAUGACGAGGAGCUGGCAGAGACCAUGGAGAAGCAUGCCAAGGAGCUGCAGGAUCUUGAAUCUGCCAACAACCAGAAGCUGAUGAUUGAGUAUGAGAAGUACCAGGAGCUCCAGUCUAAGAGCCAGAAGAUGCAGGAAGACUAUGAGAGACAGCUGGCCGAGAUGGAGGAGUCCAAGGAGCAGGCCCUGGAGGAGCUGACGGAGUACUACGAGACCAAGCUCCAGGAGAAAACAACCCUCCUGGAUCAGGCUACAGAGGAAUCUCGCCAGCAGCAGCGUGAGUACGAGGAGACCAAGAAACAAAUUGAAGAGGACGCUGAUAGAGAGAUCUUAGAUAUCAAGAACAAAUACGAAAGACGACUGAGAGACGAGAAGGAGGCUAACAUGAGACUCAAGGGAGAGACAGGCAUCAUGAGGAAAAAGUUCACCAGUCAACAGAAGGAGAUAGAGGAUCACAAAGAUGACAUCAAGAAGCUCCAGAAUGAACAGACCAAGCUCCAGGGUGUCAUCAAAUCACUGGAGAAGGAUAUCUACGGUCUCAAGAAAGAGAUUCAAGAGAGAGAUGAAACCAUUCAGGAUAAGGAGAAGCGCAUCUAUGACCUCAAGAAGAAGAACCAGGAGCUGGAAAAGUUCAAGUUUGUCCUGGAUUACAAGAUCAAGGAGCUGAAGAAGCAGAUCGAGCCGAGGGAGAACGACAUCAAGGACAUGAAGGAGCAGAUCCAGGAGAUGGAGAGCGAGCUGGAGCGCUUCCACAAGCAGAACACCCAGCUGGAGCUCAACAUCACCGAGCUGAGGCAGAAACUCAAGGCAACAGAGAAGGAGAUGCUUAUGGAGAGACAGAAGGUGCGAGACAUGGAUGCCAUCAGCAGGCGAUUCAAGACAGAUCUUCAUAACUGCGUUGGCUUUGUUCAGGAACCUAAGAAACUCAAGGAGAGCAUCAAGGCCCUCUACCAGAAACAUGUCCAAGAUGAUACAGUGGAGUCUGCCAGUGUAGAUGCUGAUAUCCAGAGGGAGUAUAGCCGACAGAGGAAACAUCUAGAGCAGAGCGUAGCAUCACUUCGUAAGAAACUCACCAAGGAUACAGAGAUCCAUAGAGCAGAUAAUGUCAGAAUCAUGCAGGAAAAUGUUUCACUCAUCAAAGAGAUCAAUGAUUUGAGGAGAGAACUAAAGAUCGCUCGUACCCAGGUCCAUGACCUCGAGGCCGCCCUCGGUAUCAAGAAAAACAAGACCCCCACCCAAGAUCUAACCUCCAUCCCCAACGGAUCCGUCACCUCCGGCCUCGCCUCGAGGGAGGGUCGCAACGAGGAGAAUGUUAAGAUCAUCGAGAUGCAGCGAGAAGAGAUCCGCAAGCUGAGGACGGCACUUAUGGACGCCGAACAGUUUGCAACGCAAAGACCGCCGUCGGGUGCAAGGCUUCCUCCCGUGCUUGCACAAUAAUUUAUGCCACUUGUAUGUACAGUAGAGUAUAUUUCAGACUUUAUCAUAUGUUCCUCAGAAUAUUUUUGAGGUGUGAAGUGCUAGUUUUUCACCGAAUGAAUUUUUAAAUGUCACCUGGCUUGCGUAUCAGCUCACAGAGAAAACUUAAUCUCUAAUCUUAAACACAAAGAAACAUUCUUGGCAGUGCUCGCCUUUGGUUAAUUACCAAAAGACUAUAUAUCAGCAAAGAGUUACAUUGUGCUUUCAAUUUUGCAGACCAAUUUGUCAUAUCACCUUGUCAAUAUCUCAAAUGACUUUCCAAAUAUUUCAUCUUUUUUAUAUUGAUCAAGAAGCCUUCCAAGUUUUCUCCAUAUAGCCUACUUGUAUGGACAGUGGCGGAACCAGGAGUUUGAAAUAGAGGGUGGGGGUGCAAAUAGCAAAAAUUGAAAUAGAGGGGGCGCAGAUGACAAUUUUCUUAGAAUUAGAUAUAAUGAUAUGUAUUCUUAAUGGGCAUUUCUUAAGAUAUAGAGGGGCAUGUACCCCUUGCGCCUCCCCCCCCCCUGAAUCCGCCACUGCAAUUCUAUAUCACACCUUGAAACAGAAUGCAACCAUCUGUGCCUGAAUGUAUCGUUAAGAUGACAGUUCGCACUGCAGUUCACACAUUAGCACAAUUUUCACCUUGAUGUUGCCCAUGCAGACAAGAUUAUCGAUGUCGCCUUUAAGGAAGGAAUUAAAGACAGGUGUCAAGGACACAAUGAUGCAUUGUCUUUGCCAACGCUUCAUAACCUUUUGAUUUGUUUUGAAAGGGCUGCGUCUCGUGAUGUGAGUCACAAGAUCAAACCAUGCAAGAGAAGUGUAAACAUUAUCACCAAGUAAAAAUGAAAGUCUAUCAAACUCUAUUUGGGGUUCAUAUUCUCAGCUCCCAUAUAAUGAGAUUGUUUGCACAUUUUGAAACAGACGUUAUGACUAGUCAGACAGUGGGUUGGUGAAAAGCUGAAUUCACAAUAGAAGUGAUAUGCGUGUAUGCCAUGUCCUCAGCCAAUUCGCCCAGACCUAUAUGUGUGUGUGUGUUUAUUUGGGUGUUUCUAUAUUGAACUUAAUUCUUCUGAGAUAAUUAAUUGAGUGGAGCAGAUUUUCAAAUGGGAGUUCCAAUCAAAAAGAAACAACC